GGGAGAACAUGGAUCAAUUCAAUGGCAAAAAUCCGGAGACUCUCAUUGAAAUGUCCCCCGCGGGGGAUGAAACAGGAGGGGAAGAUAAUGGACCUUACUAUGAUCCUUCCAACAGUAGCCGAGAAGGAGAAAUCCCUGGCAAUUCAGAGAUUGACAAGCAGAUCCACAGCAAAGACUCUGUUUUCUUCUGCGAUGGAGUCAGAAGAAUUGACUUUAUCCUUUCCUAUGUGGAUGAUCCUAAAGAUGCCGAAAAGAAAAUGGAGAGAAGGAAAGAGUUUGAGAUGAAUCUUUUGAAGACAGGCCUUGAACUGGAAACUGAAAAUAAGGAUGAUUCAGAAGACGGGAAAACGUACUUCACGAAGAUUCAUGCUCCUUGGGAUGUCUUGGCCACCUAUGCAGAGGUUAUGCACAUUAAAGUGCCUAUUAAAGAAAACGAUAUUCCCCAAGCGAGAGAGAACCCAUUUGACUGGUUGUUGAAACCAUUUCGACUGAAUCCAGCAAUAAUAAACCCUGAACCAGAUUACUUCACAGCACCUUUCAGUAAACAGCGUCAGGAACUUUUCCUCAUUAAUGACCAAGAGACAUUCUUCUCGCCCUCCACUCGCAACCGGAUUGUGUAUUACAUUCUCUCUCGAUGCAAGUAUGCGACAGAAGAUGGGAAGAGGAAAUUUGGGAUUAAGAGAUUACUCAACAAUGGCACAUACACGGCUGCUUUCCCACUUCAUGACUGCAGAUACUGGAAGAAAUCUCAUGAUCCCAAGAGUGAGAAUGAACGAUUCACGUUAUAUAAAGAGUGGGCACGCUUUGGUCGAUUCUAUAAGGAGCAGCCCCUGCACCUCAUCAGGAAAUACUAUGGAGAGAAGAUUGGAAUAUAUUUUGCCUGGCUUGGUUUUUACACGGAAAUGCUGGGGAUUGCAGGUGCCGUUGGUUUCAUUUGCUUUCUGUAUGGCUGCAUAACUAAGGAUGGAAACAUAUGGAGUGAAGAAAUUUGUGACGCUGAACUUGGAGGGAAGAUUAUCAUGUGUCCCUUGUGUUAUGAUUGUGACUUCUGGAGACUGAAUACUACCUGUGAAUCGACCAAGAAUUCUCACCUGUUUGACAAUGCUGCCACCUUGUUUUUUGCAGUUUUUAUGGGCAUCUGGGUUACUCUCUUCCUGGAGCUGUGGAAGCGGCGACAGGCGAAACUGGAAUAUGAGUGGGACCUUGUGGACUUUGAAGAGGAGCAGCAACAACUUCAGAUACGCCCAGAGUACGAGGCAAAGUGCAAGCACUACAAGAAAAACCCAGUUACUCAGGAACCGGAGCCUUACAUCCCGAUAUCAGACCAGGCAUUACGCUCUUGUGUAUCUGGAGCUACGGUUUUGUUUUGGAUCUCUUUAAUUCUGAUCUGUAUCAUUGCGGUUAUCGUGUACCGCCUCUCGAUGUAUGCCACCUUUGCCAAGAUCACUGUGAACAUGGAGAAGGUCAGGUACAUUGGCACUUUCUUCACACCUCAGAUGGCAACCUCAGUCACAGCAUCCGUCCUGAACUUUAUCAUCAUCAUGAUUCUAAACUAUUUCUACGAGAGGGUGGCAAUCUGGAUCACAGAUCUUGAGAUCCCCAGGACUCACUUGGAGUAUGAGAACCGGUUGACCAUGAAAAUGUUCCUCUUCCAGUUCGUUAACUACUAUUCCUCCUGCUUCUAUGUUGCCUUCUUCAAAGGGAAGUUCAUUGGUCACCCUGGGGACUAUAACCGUCUGUUUGGGAUAUGGCGAAAUGAAGAGUGUGACCCAGGUGGCUGUCUCAUUGAGCUGACAACACAGCUUACCAUUAUUAUGGCCGGUAAGCAAAUCUGGGGAAAUAUCCAGGAAUCGUUUUUGCCCUGGGUGAAAAACUGGUGGGUGAGUCGGAAUGCCAGGCACCAUCCAGAGAGACUGUACUCUCGUUGGGAGCAGGACCACGAUUUACAGGAUAUGGGACAACUUGGCCUUUUCUAUGAAUAUCUGGAAAUGGUUAUCCAGUUUGGGUUUGUCACUCUCUUUGUGGCCUCAUUUCCUCUGGCACCAGUUCUUGCUCUGCUCAACAACAUUAUCGAAAUCCGUGUGGAUGCCUGGAAGUUCAUCACCCAGUUCAAGAGACCCAUGGCAGCAAAGGCUCACAGUAUAGGAAUAUGGCACCAGAUUCUGAAUGGUGUGGCCGUUUUCUCUGUGGUUACAAAUGCUUUCAUUGUGGCUUUUACCUCAGAUAUGAUUCCCCGUUUAGUUUACAUGUACGCUUAUUCUGAAAAUCCUCAACUACCCAUGCAAGGCUACAUCAACAACAGUCUGUCAAUCGCCAGCGUUUCACAGAUAAACCCCAACGUGGAAAGAAGUUCUGAAAUCCUCACUUGCCGGUAUAAGGAUUAUCGUUACCCUGCAGGACAUCCAUCAGAGUAUAAGCACAACAUGCAGUUCUGGCAUAUCUUGGCUGCAAAAAUGGCAUUCAUUAUCAUCUUAGAGCAUGUUGUUUUCCUGGUCAAGUUUGCAAUCGCUGCUCUGAUUCCGGAUGUCCCUAGUGAGGUGAAAGCUCGGAUAAAACGGGAGAAGUAUUUAACGCAGAAGAUUUUGCACGAGUACGAGCUCAAUAAACUGAGAGAGACACUUGCUGGCUCAGGGAAUUGUGCUGGAAACAAGGAGGUCUCCGUUCAGGCAGAAAAGGUGGAACUGCUGAGCGAGCAGUUAUAGUCCAGGUGGUGGCAGCUUUAAACGCAGCGAGAAAGGACUCAUGUGUCUGCCAUGGUAAAGCAAAUUGAUUUGUUUAUUUGGCGAGGAACGGCCUGCUAUGACAACAGUUCCAGCAAUGGCGAAGUUGCUGCAACUAAUUACGAUACUGCUGUCACGUUGUUGAGCUAAUGCUUUUGGUGCAGCAACAGUUGAGAGUGGUUUUCUAACCUGGCAAUUAACGGUUCCUGUUGUCUUCCUGGCUGUGCCAUUCCUUUGAUGUGUGAAGACUUCUAUUGUUGUCAAGGAAACACUGACUGUUAAACCGUCCAAACCAUUACUGACCUGUUGAAAAGCUCACAUAUAGGAUAAUGAAGAAUGUCAAGAUAUCAGUUAUAAAUCUAUGUUAAACCUUAUCUGAUCUAGAAUGAGAACCGAUGCAAUCUUGUGAUCAGGUGUAAUGUCUUUUUGUUUUUUGGUUUGACUCCUUUGGUUGUUGACUCCAUCAUAUUUGCUUUAUCUUCUCUCGGCCGCUCCUUUUCUGUCUCUUGUCUCUUUUUAUUCCUUCCCCGCCUUUUCUCUUUCAUCUACAUUCUGCUCAGAUUCAUCAG